CAAUGGCAUCAUUAGCCUCCCAGUCACGUCAUGGAACUGAGAAAGGAAUUGUUUUGCGAAUUGAGGGAGAUUGUUUUAUUUUUGUUUGGUCACCAUCUCAUACAAUGAAUGAGUUAAAGUUUAUUGACCAAGAUCAACAACACAGUCCUGGAGAUUUUAUAAGUUUUAAACUCACUGCACCGUUGGAUCAUCUUCAAACUUGCGAUUCUAUUGCUAAAAUACGUCCUCCUCGAACUGUUACAGUUAUUGAUCGUGAUCCAGCACCGAUUAAUAUUUUAGUUCAAGUUGGCUUUCCUCCUCGCGAUUCCAACUAUUUUGAUAAGGAUUUAAUCGAUACUUUGGAUUAUGGUGUUAUUUUUUAUUGUUACUGUCCUGAAUUUGGAAAAUUGGCGUCGUUUGAUUUACUUGAUUCUGAACCUGGGCAUUUCUAUAAUGCUUGCAUUGAACGGUUUUUCUUUUUAAUUUUGUAUAUAAAAUUUCUUUUUAGUAUUCCUUUACAAAAUGAUUGGAUAAUUAAAAAGCUUGGAACAAUGUUUAUUUUGGUUAAUCAACCGCUUACUAUUAUUGAAAAUGAAACUGAGAUUGCUCGUCUUAAUUCUCUCAUGCCUUGGAAUCGUUUACCGUCAUCAACAUCUUCUCACUGUCAAACAACGCAACAAACUCAUAUUUACCAACCAAAAAAAGAAGAAACAUCUUAUGGAGCGACAGUACGUGCUUUGCUUGAUAAUGUUCAGUUAACUGAAGGAAAUACUUUAAAAACUAAGGAAAACAAUCAUCAAAUGGAGAAUGAGUAUACCCCAAAGCGCUGGCCUCCUCCAACAAAUUCUGAACUUUCUUCUACUUUAAAUACUAAAUUUCCACGAAAGAAUGAUUUUGGUGAUUUGGAAUAUUCCAAUAAUUCUUGUGGAGGGACAUCUACAAAAACGACAACACCAACAAAUAAUAAUUUAUUUUCUGAAAAGAUUAAUGACGUUUAUUAUGGAGAAAAUGAGGAAAUUAAACAAAAGAGAGAAUUUCCAAAUCAAAAUAUUUCUCUUAUGCUUCCAACAAUUUUAGAACAGAAAUCUAUUAAUUUUCAAAACAGUUCUGACGUUUCUUCGCCUUCUGCUGUUAAUUCUCCAAUUUCAGUUUUGAGUAAUAACAACAAUAAUGGUAGUCAAUUUGGGGUUAAUAAUAAACUUGUUUCCGAAAUUAUUGGAACAAUUACAAUGCUUAAUGCAAGAAAUAUGCAAAUGCAGGCGCUUGAAUUUGAGAAAAAUAUUUUUGAAAUGUGUUGCAAAUUACAAAAGGAAAUGUUGGAGAAAUUUUAA